AUGAAAAUUCGAGGGAAAUGCAAAGCUCUGAGGCUCACGCGUGAAGUCUUACGAAAGUUUCCGGACAAAAAUGGCAAACAAACUGAAGAGAAAGAGUGCGCGAACUUGGAGGAUGCAAUUAUCGAUUGUCUGACUAAUAUUUUAUCUACUUCGCGAAACCGAGAAGAGAGCACUUGGCCUUCUCUGCCCCUCCACAUCGACAUCCCUUCCGCCCCCUCUUCUCGUUUUUUCCUCGUCGCUAAAAUAAAAGAGCGAAGAAACCUGGAAGGUGGGAGGAGAACCUCUUUGGAAACACGAUCUCAGGGGAGUGAGGAUCCUGUGGAAGUAAUUGCUCUGAAGGAGCUUUAUUUUGGAAAAAAUUUUACAAUUAAGGCAACCCACCUUUCACUGCUUCCUAACACUUUUUUCACUGGUGCAAUCCCAAAUGCUCAUGGAUGGUUCGGCCUAAUUCAUACCACAAAUGAGAUAAUAAGUGACUACGACAUAGAGAUUGAGUAUAGAGUACUGUACCCGGAGAAGACAUCGAAUGGUAGCGAAUGGCAUGAACUUCAAUCCGUUAAGAGGAUCCCCUUCUGCAAGUCACCAUAUUAUAAUGAUGACGUCGCAGAUAUUGUACGCGGACUCCUUGGCAUAACUGAAGACUGUCCAAUACCUGAGAAUACCCUCUUAAACUCCAAGUACAAUCCGAAUGGGUGGCCUAGCAGGAGUUUAAACCCUAAGCUGAUCAAACCCGAAAUGGUGAUAUCAAUAGUGGUGAAGACUGGUGUCCUGACAUCCCCAGACUAUAUCAUGGUUGCUACAAUGUCCGUGCAAGCCGAGGCAGCGUAUCGUGUAACAUUGAACGUGGUUUGAUGUCGAUAAUUGUAAUGAUUUAUGUGUUGACCCCUCUUAAAAAAUGCACCUCUUGAGUCUACGAUGAGAAACUAACUUAUCUGCAAUGAAAACGUA